AUUUUUUGGAAAAAAAAUUCCAUUUCAUCCUUAUAUAUAUAUAAAUAUCUAUUCGUAAUUGUUGUAAAACGUCAAGCAUCAAAUUAUCUUACUGUACGUCGUUGUUCUCUUUUACAGGAUUUAUUCUAAAAAAUAAAGUAAUCCGAAAGUUAAAAUAAUUAGUAACAAUUAAAAAAUGGAUGGAAUUAAAAAGAAAAUGAUUGCAAUGAAAUUAGAGAAAGAGAAUGCUAUGGAAAGAGCUGUACAAUAUGAAGAAUUACUUAAGAAGAAAGAAGAAGAACGUGAAAAACGUGAAAGUGAAAUUGCUGAAUUAAAUACAAAAAUGAAACAAGCACAAAUUGAUUGUGAUGAAGCUCAAGAAACAUUACAAGAACAAAUGAAUAAAUUAGAAGAGACAGAUAAACGUGCAACCAAUGCUGAAGCGGAAGUAGCAGCAAUGACUCGUAGAAUUCGUUUGUUAGAGGAAGAUCUCGAAGUCUCUUCAAGUCGUCUUACUGAAACAUUGACCAAGUUAGAAGAAGCAAGUAAAACCGCUGAGGAAAGUGAACGUGGACGAAAAGAUCUUGAAAUUCGUUCGAUUGCUGAUGACGAGCGACUUAACCAAUUGGAGGAUCAGCAAAAAGAAGCUAAGUAUAUUGCUGAAGAUGCUGACCGUAAAUAUGACGAGGCUGCACGUAAAUUAGCUAUUGCAGAAGUUGAUUUUGAACGUGCUGAAGCUCGUCUAGAAGCUGCAGAAAGCAAAAUAGUAGAAUUGGAAGAAGAACUACGAGUUGUUGGUAAUAAUAUGAAAGCUCUUGAAAUUUCCGAACAAGAGUCAGCUCAACGUGAAGAAAGCUAUGAAGAGACUAUCCGAGAUUUAACAGAACGAUUAAAGGCUGCUGAACAAAGAGCAACUGAAGCAGAACGUCAAGUAUCUAAACUACAAAAUGAGGUUGAUCAUUUGGAAGAUGAUUUAUUGGCUGAGAAAGAACGAUACAAAGCUCUUAGCAGUGAAUUGGAUCAAACAUUUGCAGAACUUACGGGUUAUUAAUCAGGGGAUAUUCACAUUUACUAUGAUUAUUAUGAGUAUUAUUAUUGUUUUCAGAGAACACAAUCGAUCGAUUGUUGUUAACUUGUUUUAAAACACUAAAACCCAAAUUUUCAAAAAAAAUGUACUCUAGAGAGUACACUCACUCACUAUAUGUUAUAUGUUAUAUUCAUAUUUGACACUAUUUCAUUUCUGCAAAAUAUGCUUUUAUUAUUUGUUACUAUCUUCUAUAUUACAACAUUUCUAACCGCUGCCAUCACCGCCACCCAACCCCCCGCCCUCCUCCUCCACUUAUCACACGUUUUUGCAGUUUUCAAUUUAAACAAAAAUUUUAGGCGUUUAUAUCUUCUAUAGUAGCCUAUCUCUCGCUCUCUAAUCAUUCAGUUGAUGAAGAAAUCAAAUACAAAUGUUUUCCCAU